AUGGAAGAUUUAAACAAAACGGUGGUAAAAGAAUUUAUUCUGUUGGCAUUUUCCAGUUUCAACCAGUACCAAAUCUUACUUUUCAUUGGUAUAUUACUGAUGUAUUUUAUUAGUGUCGCUGGAAACUUUGCAGUUAUUGUUCUUGUUAAGACUGGACCCUCACUUCAUUGUCCAAUGUACUAUUUCAUAUCUAUAUUUGCAGCUUUAGAAAUGUCAUUUGUAUCUGUUACUGUUCCCAAGCUUCUAGCUAAUUUAAUUGAGAGUAACAAGAAGAUCUCUUUUAUUGGAUGCUUUCUACAGUUAUACGCCUUUAAUGCACUUGGUGUAACAGAAUGUUAUUUUCUUGCAGUUAUGGCUUUUGACAGAGAUUUGGCAAUUAAUUAUCCUUUAAGGUACUUGUCAAUCAUGAAUAAUUUGUUUGUUAUAUUGGUGGUUACACCUUUCAUCAUCAGUUUUACAAUUGCUCUAAUUCCCACAAUCUUUACAGCUGACUUAACCUUUUGUGGGCCCAAUGAAAUAGACCAUUUUUUCUGUGAUUUAGCCCCAGUACAGAACCUGGCUUGUUCUAUUCCUUACAUCAGCAACAUAGUAACAAGUGUGGCAGCUGUAUUUGCAAGUCUUACUCCUUUCAUUCUUAUUAUGAGUUUCUAUACCCAUAUUAUUAUUACGAUCACCAAAAUAAAAAGUAUGGAAAGUAAAUACAAAGCAUUCUCCACUUGCUCCUCCCAUCUAAUAGUUGCCUGUCUCUUCUAUAGUACAGUCAUCAUUGUCUACCUGAGACCAAAAGGCAGUCCGUAUGAUAAGUUUCUUGCUCUUAUGUACACAGUUAUUGUUCCUAUGCUGAACCCUUUCAUUUAUACUUUAAGAAACAAGGAUGUUAAGGAAGCUCUUCUUAAGAUCAGGUCACACAAAUAA